AUGGUAGCUCUUGAUAUUCUUGUUAAAGGAUUUGAUGAAUAUUAUGAAAUCGUCAAAAUGUUAUCUAAUAUUCAGAUAUUUACAGAUGAUGAAUUACUUCUUUCUGAUAUUGAAUAUAUAUCUAAAAGAAUUGAUAUUCCAUUAGAUAAAAUAAAUGAAUUGAUUAAUAUUGUAAUUGUUCCGAGUUGUGCCGCUAAAUCUAUUCGUGGUGAUAUGGACUCUCAGUUAUCUGAUUUUAUGGUUAAUAUUAAAUGCUCUGCGAUUGAUGAUGUUUUAAAUGGAGGAUUUCCUACUGGUCGUAUUAUUACGAUUUCUGGACCAUCUGAAAUUGGAAAAACCACUAUUGCAUACUCAGUUGUUUGUAGUUAUUUAUCAUGUAAAAAUGCUCGUGCGAUAUGGAUUGAUACAUCAGGUACAUUUUCUGUACAAAGGUUAAUAGACAUUGCACAACAAAGAAAUUAUGUUUAUGGAUCGGAUUUUCUUGAAAGGAUAGGAAUUGUUCGUGCUUUCGACAUAUGGGGGAUUAUGGACGGUGUAAAUGAAUUUCAUCACCUUGUUAAUAAAUCUAUUGAUAAUCAUGAUCUUAUACCCGGUAUCAUUAUAAUAGAUAAUAUUACAAAUCCUCUUAGUUUUUUUAUGCAACGAGAGCAAGUUAAAGGACAUAGUAUAAUGGUUUCAUUACUUCGUAAUUUACAUCAUGUUUCUUGUCAAAAUAGAAAGGUUCUUGUUCUUCUGAUUAAUUCUACUGUGAAAUUAAAUUCAACAAAUUUUUCUGCAUUUUCUUCGACUGAAUUGAAGCCGGCAUUGGGGACAACAUGGCCAUAUUUAAGUGAUCUUGAUAUUUUAAUUACAAAGGCGCCUAAUAAUGUCGAUUAUUCAUCUGCAAAUAUAUUAGAAGUUAUUUUUGAUCGCUAUGGGACACUCCUAGGUAGAUGGGGAUUAUUUACAAUAAUAAAUGGGAAUUUAAAUAAUUAUGGAAUUAAUAAAGAUUUUACUUAA